CUCUCAAAAACACCAAGUGGAUGUUUACUGCUGCGGGUAUUAGUCUAUUAUUUGGUUUUAUUAUGAGUGACAAAGUAUAUUUCUUUGACUUACACUGGUGGGGUGUAUGAGCGGAAGCGGCAGCAAGGACAGUGGGAUGAAAACCACAACAAUCAGAUUCCUCGCCCUCCACAGCUUCCUGAACAGAUCCAUCCUGGCUGCGGCCUCCAGCCUCAUGGAUGACACGAGGACCCUCUGGGUGGCGCUGGGCACAACACAACACAAACGGCGGUGAAAAUCCCCACACAGCCGAGGUGGAGGAAGUGUCCAGUCAGCACACACAGCACAGGACCGGACCAGAACUAGGAGGAAGAGCGGAUACACUCUCUUCCAGCUGUGCGUAAAGUUGUCUUGGCUGUGCGCGUUUACGCACAACGGUGAGUGGACUUGUCCCAGUGAGCCUCUUGCAGGAUGCCAGCAUCACGGAUUGUUCUCUUGCCCGUGCAGGAAGGAGGUCAGAACAUGUGACCCUGAUGCUGUGAACUUUCAUUCUCCAAAGAGACAUCUUUAACGUCACUCAAGCCCAUGUUUCCAAAAGUGGGACUCCCUUCUCAAAGCAUCCACCUCUGGGUGCUGCUACUGUGCACGCUGGUUCCGACCCGAGGCUCAGAGCCAAUUUCGGAGGACUUGCACAACUUUACUGCUCUGACGCCGCCAGGAAACUGGACCGCCACCACGAUCCAGCUGCAGCCUGACCUGCAGACGGAGGGCCAGACGACAACAGAGGUACAGACAGAGAUGCCAACGCCAACACCAACCAGCAACUACUCAGGCCUCGCUUGUAUCUCCGUACUGCCACCACGUCGAGGUUCUUUCUACGUCGAAAGCGGCACGGGAGUGUCAGUCGGCAGCGCUUUGGCCUUCUGGUGCCGUGAGGGCUACCAGCUAGUGGGUAGCGAUAAAAUCUUCUGUAACGUUCACAAUGGAAAAGCACAGUGGAGCAACUACCUGCCUGUUUGUGAGGCUAUACCCAGGCCAGAGGACCGUGGAUUGAGAGUAGCAGUGCUGGCGUCAGUGGUGAGCGGCAUCGUCAUCCUCGCCAUGUCACUUUCCUUCCUCAUUUGCUGCCUGCAGGAACGAUCCAGCAAGAAAAAGGCCAAAAAAGAAAUUCGCACUAGGCGCAGAGAAAAGCGUUCAGCCCGUCGCAAUGAGCGAUGGCUGGAGAGAGAAGAAGGGGAGUGGGAGGCGUUCCCUCCUCCUAAAAUAUUCCAUCUGUCCCAGAGGAUGAACCCCCGCCUGGCACCGGACAGCCCCCUCUACCUGACUGGAGGCCUCAGUGGAUACGAGAACAGAGGAUAUCAGAGGAGUCAAGAGAGUCUGCUAAAGGCGCCCACUCCUGGCGUCUACCGCUCCGAGUCCCAGCUCUACCCGCACGUGGUCCUGCAGAGGGUCCUGCCCCCGACAGCGCCCUCCGCCCCGUCCGCUCCCUCCGCCCCGCUCUACUUCCACCUUCCCACCUCCUCUUCCACCGCCUCCACGCCUGCGCACACAACCACCCACUCUCAGCCUCACAUGAUGGGGCAGUACCCCACGCCCACAUACCCUCCUCACCCCAACACUUCUGUGCCCUCGUUCCACCACCAGCCCGUCCCGGCGCCAAUCUACCCCAAUCCCAACCCGACGCCGCAGCAGCCCUGGCAGUGAGCUUUGCUUUGAAUGCGCAGAAGAUGGACGUCUCCAGCAGGAAGUCAACACGGUUGCUUCCUGAGCGGCUGCAAGAUGAAAAAGGUUGUACUUUUUGUGUCGCCGUUGGCCGCAAAAACAGCAUUCAGGAUGCAGGUUCUGGAGGUUUGGUUCUAAUCAGCAUGGCUUUGUCCGUUUGUUGACUUGUUUGUGUGCAAUUUCCUGUGUACAGUUUUUUACAAACCCAAAUUAGGUGUUCUUCUAAGAGCUACGGCAAUUGCUCUUUUCCACACAAACUGACAGGGUAUCUUGGUUAUUAUUUGUAUUAUUUUGGGGGUGCUAAAUCAAGAAAUUGCUCUUUUAGUGGCUUUAAUGAUGCUUUCUCUGACUGCAGAAGUGUCCAAACUUUUUCCAGCGAGGCUCACAUACAGAAAAAUUGAAAGAUGCAGGGGCCACUUCGAUACAUUUUGUACAAUAAAGAUGCUAAAUCCAAUGUAGGUGAAUAUAUGCUUAGCUAUCUUAGCUAUACAGCCACAUCUUUGUGUUACACAGUGGUGUGAAAAGUGAUUGGCCCCUAAAUCUAAUAAGUGGUUGGGCCACCCUUAGCAGCAACAACUGCAAUCAAUCUUGAAAUAACUUGAAAUAACUUGAAAUAAGUCCCUUGUGGAGAAGUUUUGGCCCACUCAUCUUUGCAGAAUUGUUGUAAUUCAGUCACAUUGGAGGAUUUUCAAGCAUGAACCGCCUUGCUCAUGUCAUGCCACAGCAUCUCAAUAGGAUUCAGGUCAGGACUUUGACUAGGCCACUCCAAAGUCUUCAUUUGGAUCAUUGUCCUGCUGCAGAACCCAGGUUUGUUUCAGCUUGAGGUCACAAACAGAUGGCCGGACAUUCGCCGUCAGGAUUUUUGGUAGACAGCAGAAUUCAUGGUUCCAUUUAUCACAGCAAAUCUUCCAGGUCCUGAAGCAGCAAAACAACCCCAGACCAUCACACUACCACCACCGUAUUUUACUGUUGGUAUGAUGGUCUUUGUCUGAAAUGUGGCAUUACUUUUACGACAGAUUUAACAGGAAAAAUUCAACUUUUGUCUCGUCAGACCACAGAGUAUUUCCCCCAAAGGUCUUGGGGAUCACAAAGAUGUUUUCUGGCAAAAUUGAGACGAGCCUUAAUGUUCUUCUUGUUCAGCAGUGGUUUUCGACUUGGAACUCUGGCAUGCAGGCUGUUUUGCCCAGUGUCUUUCUUAUGGUGGAGUCAUGAACACUGACCUUAACUGAGGAAAGUGAGGCCUGCAGUUAUUUGGAUGUUGUUGUGAGGUCUUUUGUGAUGAGCCGUUGCUGCGCUCUUGGGGUCAUUUUGGUUGGCCCACCACUCAUGGGAAGGUUCACUACUGUGGAAAAUGGCUCUCACUGUGGUUCGCUGGGGCCCCAAAGCUUUAGAAAUGGCUUUAUAACAGUUUCCAGACUGAGAGAUCUCAAUUUGGAUUUUUUCUUAAUAAUAAUAAUAAUAAUAAUAAUAAUAUAUUUCAUUUAAAAACUGCAUUUUGUUGUGUUGUCAUUGACUAAUAUUUACAAUUGUUUGAUGAUGUCAAACAUUUAAGUGUGACAAACAUGCAAAAAAAAAAGAAAUCAGGAAGGGGGCAAGCACUUUUUCACACCACUGUAGGUGGCAAAGCAAAUCUAAUAACUAAUCAUAUUUAUUUUUACAAUAUGCACUUUGGACACCCCUGAUUGACUACUGAAAUACGAAAUAACUUAUUUGUCAUGAGAAAACUCCUGUCAAAUAGACUGUGAAUACACUGGACAGUGCGCCAAAACGCACUGAAACAGGAGUGGACGUUUCAUUUAAUGUUUUUAGUCCUUUAUGACUGUAUUUUUGAAACCCUAUCAACUGUUGCUAACUGUUGCACUUUAACUGUGCGGCUUUUUAUUUUUAAUAGUAGCACUAAAAUAGCCACAGUGUUCAGAUUUGCACUUUACAAUGUUUGUCUUUUGGAAAUGUUUUUGUUUUCUUAUAACAGCUGUAUUACCAAUAAAAGCGACAAGA